AUGACUUCUCUUCAAUCUUCCUUCACGGUGCUCGCCACCACCCCCACCCCCCGCAAUUCCUCACUCUCCAAGCCCUCCCUCCUCCCCACCACCAAUGCAAGGCGGAGCCACGGCUUCCGCUUCUCCUGCAGCAGCAACGGCGGCGGCGGUGUUGACCGCCGCAACAUGCUGCUAGGGCUCGGCGGCCUCUAUGGCGCAAGCAACCUUAUCUCCGGCCGCAAAGCCAAUGCUGACCCGAUCCUGCCUCCUGACCUAAGCCAGUGCGACCCGACCGGCGCCACCACCACUUCGGGCGGACAGACAGUAAGCCUCGACGUCGACUGCUGCCCCCCCUACACCGACAUCCAGUCCGACUACAAGCUCCCCUCGUUCACCACGCCCCGGGUUAGGCCAGCGGCCAACCGGGGGACCCUGAAGCCCGAAUAUAUUGCCAAGUACCAGCUAGCCAUUCAGAGGAUGAGGGACCUCGACGUCACCGACCCGGACGACCCCCGCGGCUUCACUCAGCAAGCCAACAUCCACUGCGCCUACUGCAACGGCCCCUACGACCAGCCCGACCACCCCGGCCUCGAUCUCCAAGUCCACAACUCCUGGCUCUUCUUCCCCUUCCACAGAUGGUAUCUCUACUUCUUCGAGAGGAUCCUCGGCAGCCUCAUCGACGACCCCACCUUCGCCAUUCCCUACUGGAACUGGGACAACCCUCGCGGCAUGUUCAUGCCCGAGAUGUUCACCUUCCCGGGCACCCCAGCCUACGACGCUAACCGCGACCCGAGUCACAUACCCACCGGCACCAACCCCGUCGUCACCCUCAACGUGGGCAGCACUGUCACCGACCCCGUCCAGAUCAUCAGCAACAACCUGACCCAGAUGUACAAUGAAAUGAUAGGCACCCCCGCCUCCGCCACCGACUUCAUGGGGCAGCCCUACAGAGACGGGGACGCCCCACACGGCUUCUCCGGUGGGGGAACCUCUGAGCAAGGCUCCCACACCGCUAUCCACGUGUGGGUUGGAGACCCCAACAACGAGUACAACGAGGACAUGGGCAACUUCUAUUCCGCGGGGCGGGACCCACUCUUCUACUGCCACCACGCUAACGUCGACAGAAUGUGGACUCUCUGGAAAGACAUCCCAGCGGACUACUCCAAGGAAAUAACGGAUCCAGAUUUCUUGAAAUCCGCCUUCAUGUUCUACGACGAGAACAAGAACCUCGUCCGUGUCACGGUGGCAGACGCCCUGGACUACAAGAGAAUGGGAUACGAGUACGAGACCAGCAACACCCCAUGGAUGAACUACCGCCCACAGCAGAGGCUGGUUCCUGCCAACCUCGAAAGCCUCUCCAAAACGGCGCAGACGGUGGCGAAGCUCUUCCCUCUGACUCUCAACAACACUGUUAAGGUCAUCGUGCCCAAGCCGGCCACGGGCAAGGCAGACGAGACGCUGGUGAUCGAGAACAUCAUCACCGACAACACCAAGCUCGUCAAGUUUGGUGUGUUCAUCAACGACGAGGACGACAAGCCGGAGGAGGUCGACAGGGCCGAGUAUGCCGGGUCGUUCACGCAGCUGCCGCACAGGGUGAAGGCCAAGCAGAGCACUGGCAACCUCCGCUUGAACUUGAAGGAGCUCUACGAGAACAUCAACAUCGCCGAUGAUAAAUCCGUUGUCGUCACCAUUGUUCCCAUCAUCAACGGCUCCGCUGUCACCAUUGGUAGUGUCAAGAUCGUCCCUCGCGUUGCUUAACUGAUCAUUUCCAUCUCAUCAUGUUUUUGUGUGGCUGAAUAAGCCUUUUGUUAUUUGUUUCCAAUAAAAAAAAUGUUUCCAGUUUCCGCCCUUUCUGUGGAAACAUUAGUUUUUAUCAAACUGUAUUAAUACUCCAUUUUGUGGAGUAUGAUAUUUUGAAUUAAUAUGAUAUUUGAAUGUCCCAUUA